CAUCCGCCGAGGAAAAUUUACCGAUACCAACACCCAAGGCUCCCGGUGGGAAUCGAACACACACCUCGGGCAAGUUUGAUUAGGAAGAGAACAUCUUCCUUUCACGAUGGAUUGGCAAUGGUCAUGGGUGAAGACUCGCUCAAGUUCACUAACCACGUUUUAUAAGAAGAAGUAAGGAAGAAAAAGAAUAGAAUAGAACCCUAUUUAUUAUUAAAAAGAAUGUUGUGGGGCUCUUGAGAUUUUUUCAAAAUGUUUGGUGCUAAAGUGACCGGUUCGAUGCUCGUAAAUUUUCUUAGACGCAAUUUUUCCAUAUCCUUAAGAUGCGCUGGUGAAGACAAAACUACUCUACAUAUUCUAAAUAAAAAUCAGGAGCUGGGUUUAAUGAUAAAUGGGUAUAGUGAGGUUGGUUUUAGAUUAAAUAAUGAUAUAACAGUUUUAGGACCUAUGGUAAUAUUUGCAAGGUCCGUUCUUUCUUGGAAUGUAAGAAAUGUAAAUGAGAUAACAGAAGAAUCUCUAAGUAUAUUUAAAGUAUUGGAACCAAAGUUGGACAUCAUUGUUAUAGGAAUUGGCGAUAAAAUAGAAAAUUAUGAUUGUUAUAAAAAUUUGUUGCCCAUUUCAAGGAAAUUCGGGAUUUCUUUUGAGAUAUUACCCACCGAACAAGCUUGCUCAACAUUUAAUUUUUUAAAUUCUGAAAGCAGAAAUGUAGCUGGAGCUUUAAUUCCUCCCAAAAAUAUUAGAUAUUCUGAUGAUGAUGAAUUGAAGUCCAAGCUGAAGUAUGAGAAUUUAUAUGGCAAGUAAAGCAGUAGAAAUAAUAAUUCACAUAUGAAUUACUUGGAUAAAAAACUAUUUUAAUUUUGAAACUUUGUUAGUUAUUAAUGUAAGGAAUAUCUCAAGAAA